CAGACAUUACAGGGGGGAGAGAGAGAGAGAGAGAGUAGGAAAGAGUGGGAAGGUUUGCCAAUGCUGCAUAUGAAUGCAAAAAUACACCGCAAUUAAUUACUAGGGGAUGGGAUUGUCUCAGCCCUUUUUUUUUUUAAUGCAAAUGAAUUAUUAUGCUUGCUUUUAUAUGAAAUUUUAAAUUUUUUUUUUCUUUCCUAGUCUGACAAUGUGUAUAUAUGCUGCUUUUCCUUUCCUUGCUUUUAUACCUGCUGAGCAGUUCGAAGUGCAGAUAGAAGAAUCUUGCCAACUUAAUUUCAAUCAAUCAUCUCUUGAGAGAGAGACAGAGACAGAGACAGAGACAGAGAGCAGCAGCAGAAGCAGCACCGGACCGGAGCACAUCCGAUCAAAAUCAUGCCCUACUCUCCCUGGGACAUACCUAUGCUCUCUAAUCCCAAUGAGUAUUCCAACUUCCAAUGUUUUCUUCAGUCUAUAACGCCCUCAGUCCCUACUCAACAACAGCCUCCCAAGGUUCCUAUGCAAAUGCUAAAUGGGUGCCUUUCGCAAUCCCUUGGCAAUAGCGGUAUCGCGUGUUUCUCCUUGAGUGACCUUUGGAAGUUUUACAAGGAUUGGAGUUGCUUUGGUGCCGGUGUCCCGAUUCUCCUCAACAGCGGCGAUAGCGUCUUACAAUACUAUUCUCCAUCCUUAUCUGCUCUCCAAAUAUAUACUCGGAAACCCGUUGAUUAUUAUUCCAGGUUAGGGAUAAGCUGCACACCGAAACUCGAGAGUGACUCCUCAGAUGAUUCUACCAGUGACCUUGAGGUCUCAUGCCAAACAACUGAGCGCUUUGGCCACCUGUAUUGCCAGUACAAUGAAACAGCCAGUCCUUAUGAUAGAGUUCCGCUCACCGACAAGAUCAAUGAGCUAGCUCAGAAUUAUCCUGCUCUGCUGAAGUUUCAAAGCGUGCAGCUUUCUCCCUAUAGCUGGAUGGCCGUUGCUUGGUAUCCUAUCUACCAAAUUCCAUUCACAAGGAAUGCGAAGGAUUUGUCUGCAUGUUUCAUCACUUAUAACACAUUAUCAUCUUUUCAAGAAAGCGGGAAGAAGAUAAGCUUUUAGAGACUCUUGACGGUUGAGGAAUAGGAAGAAGAUGAAGAUGGGUAAGUCCGAGUUAAACUGUCUGACUUGAGAGACGAGAAGAAUAUGAGUCUGCGACAAUAGAGAAUGUGAAAGAGGGAGGUGCUGGAGGAGAUGUUUCGGCUUCCAGUUCCAAGGGGAAGGUGCAUGUAUGGAGAAGUCUCCAUUAUGCAGUAAUGGGGUCUCGAACAAAUUGGGACCCAAAAUUCCUGACUGACUAUGCUUACACCCAACGAAUCUGUACAAUAGAAAUUACCGAACCUGUACCCGUUCCACGUACUGUAUCGUUCCCCGUACGAGGUAACAUUAAUUACACACAACUCUUGGUGCAUUUACACUUGGUAUUACUGAAUGUUCAGAAUAUUACUAAUGACAGUAGGUUUUCCAUAACUGACAGAAGUCAUUGAAGCGUUUGAAAAUCAAUGUUACCAGAUAUACACCACAAGUUGUGUAAGUAUCAUUUUCAUAUUUAUUUUAAUGAAGAGUGUGUAGUUGGUAGAGGAAAUGGGUCCAUAGAAAUGCUAACAGUAUGAUAGUAUGGCCUGUAGAGCGUGAUUGGACUGAUAUGAUUGCAAAAUUAGAUGCGGCAGUGGUUUUUGUAAACUUAGGGUUGCAAAUAAAAUUUAUUUGCCGGUGCUCUUUUGUUCUUCUUAUUUUCCUAUUUGUUAUCUUUAACUGUUGCUAGAUGUUUUGGUUUUGUUUGACAGUCUGUUUAGAAUUUUUAUACAUGUUGAAUAUAUCAGAAUUGUUGGUUGCCUUUUUCUUUGAUGAAACAGUUGUACAGAGUUUUUAAUAAACUCUUUGGACGUGAAUUCCUUAAUGUAUGUAUGUAUGUAUGCUUUAUAAUCAUUAAAUUCC